AAAAAAAAAAAAAAAUAGAAAUGGAUUUUUUUUUAUCUUCAAAUUUCAUUCCUGUUAUCAGUUCAAGCUAUCUUCAAGCCAAUCCCAGAAUUGAAUUUGAUUGGCUGAUACAUCUUGAAAUUCCUUUUUCUCCCGUUGAUUUCCUAUUGAUAUAAAAGCCGCGCUCAAUAAAAAGUUUUUUUUUCCCCUCUCUUCUUUUUCUCUUUAUAUAACGCAUUAUACCCCAUUUAUUAUUAUUAUUAUUGAUUUAACUAUUAUUUAUUUAUUAUUAUCAUUCAUGUCAAUAAAUAUAUAAUAUCAUCAUGAAUCAAGACUACUUUAUUCCAGGCUUAGAACUUAUCCAACUGACUGAUGACGAUUCAAAUACCUACAAUUAUAAUGAAGAAGAAGAAGAUGAUCAAAUAGAAUGGAUGGAUGAUUAUGAAACACAAGAAAAUUUAUUUCAAAUCAUUCCACUGAUGCCUGAAGAAACAUGUUGUGACAAGGACAAUCAUAUCAUUGCUUCUACCAAGAUCUUUUUCGAAGAACUGGGCUAUGUAUGUGAUGAACCUGAACCUUUAGAUCCAACACGCGAUUAUGAAGCUGAAUAUAGACAACGUACAGAAUCAUUACAACAACAACUUAACAAUAAUAAUCGUCGAAGACAACGCCAUGUGGAUUUGGCCUCUAUACCCACCAUUGAUGCCUCUCCUUCACCAGGUCUUUCCUCCACUUGCUCCUCUUUUCAUCAUACCGAUGAUGAUCAUUACGACGAAGAACAAGAUGUAAGAUCUCCUCUUUAUAUGGGCCGUGUCUCUCCUCUCAAUCAUCAUUCUAGUUUAAAACCUAUCUCCUCUUCUUCUAUAUCUCCUCAUCAUCCACAUUUCUCAUUCUCCUCCAAUCGUUUUUGAUGCAAACAAUAUAUCCCUUUUUCUUUUUUGUAUCAUGUGUAAAUAAAAAAAAAUUAUCUUUUUUCAUCAUCUUCUAUUAACAUCAUUAAAUGAAUCACUCAAAUUGUUCAUGCAAAUAAUCACGCAAAUAAUCGCUCAAAGUCAUACCUCAUCAUUUCAAAUCAUCACACAAAUCAUCACACAUGUCACCCAUUCAAAUCAUCACACAUGUCAUUAUUCAAAUCAUCAUGCCACUUUUCCUUAGUUAGCACUAACCUAUAUCCUAUAUCUUUUUUUUUUUUUUCAUAAUAAUCAUUUAAUA